AUGGAACCAAUGAGACCCGACGAUGUACUUGCCUAUUUAAAUAUGCUAGGAUACACCAAUAUUAGCGCAGAACAACUGAAGGAGUUCAUGAGAGAUCUAAAAAGGUUGAUCAAACAUGAUUUGAGGCAUAACAUAGGCAAUGAAGACUUUUUCCAUUCUACAAGAAACGACGCGGGAAACAAUUUUGCAUCCCAAAGAAAUUUAGAAAAUAUUUAUAAUGGCCUGUUUGCACAGUCUACUACAGUAUCCUCUGAAGCAAAACAUGUAAACAUUGCUAAAGAAAAACACAUAUGUGUACAUAUAACAAAGAAACAUACGAAACUUGAUACUGAUAAUAGUGGAAAUAUUGAGAAAGUCAGAUCAAAAAUACCAGGGAGAUCAGAAACUCCAGAGCAAAUCAAACCAGAAGAAAUUCCAAACCUGCACAUUGAAACUGAAUUGAGUGUGAAAUCAGGACCAACUUCAAAGACUAGUGACUCAAAAUCUAUGACCAGUAAAGCAAUAUCAGAAUGUAGGAAAUGUAGCUCAAAACAGAAAAAAGUUAAUAGACGGGAUCCUGUUGCUUUGUAUCAGUAUUAUCAGUCAGAGUGGAAUAAAAACAGAAUAAAAAUCCCAGGGCAACAUAACCAUUCUGAACUGCGAUGGGCAAUAAGAGAAAGGCUCAGGGAAGGACCACCUGUUGAAGUACCAUUGACUAAUAAAACUAGUUGCAGAAGAGUCUGUACAUAUCCCAAAACCUAUUUGUUAUAG